GCAAGACAGCAAAUACUGCACGCAAUUAAUUCCUUGAUUUAAAAUAAUUGCGAUUAUAUUUGUUAUCAGAGAUAGUGUCUACUUGGUUCUUUUACUUUUUUCUGUGGCAUAUUUAAAAAUUAUUGCUUCAAAGCCCAUGAUAUUGUUAUCAGAUUAAUUUUUCUUCUGGAAUAACAAAAAAGAUGGCGGCAAUGUAACCGGAUGUUGUUACUAAAAAUAGAUCAUUAAAACUGUCAACAAUGUAGAAUUCACAUGUUGUAUUGAGUAUAUGUAAAAACUUUUUUGUUAUGAAGAUAUGGAUAGUGGCAACAAAGGAGGACUUCUUGUAGCUAAUGUUUAUGAGCUUAAGGAUGAAUUGGAAGAGAAGUUGGAAAGAUGUUAUGGUAUAGUGAAUUCAUUGGUCAAUGGUUUGUCGGAAAGGGAGGCUAAUGAUGCUCUCAACACAUACGUAUGCAAAGGUUCACAGAAUCAUGAGGAGGUUCAACUUGGAUUGUUCUAUGCUAUACUGACAGCUCCUAAUCCUACACUGGCACAGAAGAAUUACAGAGAUAUUCAUUUAGUGAAUAGGGAUGGUUUUAAUACAGUGUUAAAUAGAUUGAAUCAGUUGAUAUAUGAGAAAUGGUUGAAGUUAAAGGACAUUGGGAGGGCUCAGAUACUGUGGCUGGUGCGAGAAAUGGUGAAAAAUUCAGUGACAGGAGCUGAUUUAGCAGUGAAUGGCUUAAUGAGACAAAUAGCAGGAGGAGAUAUAACACCAAAAAACGUAUGGCUUGCUGAAACAUUGCUUGAUGUUCUCUCUGAAUACAG